GUAUCCGUGGGGUGAUUUCAUCCCUUCCGUGACAUUUCGUCUUUCAGGGUUCCUGGGCGUGUGUGUCAGGCUGCUGUUGUGUUGCCGAACGUUUUGUUAAUUAAUCAUUAUUUUGCUACUAAUUUCUGAGUGGUUAUCCUGCCUCCCUUAAUGAGCUGCCUCUUGCCAAGUCUGGUGUGACGUGAAAUGAUGCUGAUAACUGAUACCACGUUGGAGAUUCGGCUUUUUCUUUUACUUUAUGAGCAGGUUUGGGGUGGGGGGACACAACAGAGCAGCUGAGGGAGUUCCCUGAAGAGCUGGCUGGGAUCUGUGGUGCUCCUCAAGUGCUUUCUGCCUUUAGGAAUGCUACACAGAAAUUUCCCUUGGAGAAGUGUGAAGGAAAGCUUGAAGAUGGCACAAAAAGCUGACAUAAAGCAGUAAAACGUGUGCUGCAAUGUAACCCAUAUUUUCAAGAGUACAGUAGGCUGCAAUUGCCUUUGCACGUUAUUUUUAUAUAAUUAUUUUCUGAGACAGCAGUAAAUAGUGGGUUUGUGUAAUGGUGAUGACAACUGUCUACCUGUACCACUAUCUUUAAUCUUGGAAUCAUAGAAUGGUUUGUGUUGGAGGGCUCCUUAAAGAUCAUCUAGUACAGUUUGAGAUAAUUUUCGCAGGUCUGUGGGGUUUGUUUUUUUGUUUUCACAAACAUUCCAGGAGCUGUACUGAUUGAAGAAGUUGCCCGCUUGGUGCGUGGUUUUCUUUUUCUCAUCAAAAAAAGGUGUGUGCCCAGGAACGAUGGCGACAGAGUCCCCGCGCCGCCCCAGUCGCUGCACUGGAGGAGUGGUGGUUCGCCCUCAAGCUGCCACGGAACAGUCAUAUAUGGAAAGUGUUGUUAACUUCCUCCAAGAUGUUGUGCCACAGGCCUACAGUGGAACCCCUCCAGAAGAAAAAGAGAAAAUUGUCUGGGUCAGAUUUGAAAAUGCAGAUUUAAAUGAUACAUCCAGGAAUAUGGAAUUCCAUGAGAUCCACAGCACUGGGAACGAGCCCCCGUUGCUGCUGAUGAUUGGAUACAGCGAUGGGAUGCAAGUCUGGAGCAUACCUAUCAGUGGGGAAGCUCAGGAGCUGUUCUCGGUGCGCCACGGGCCAGUUCGAGCCGCUCGGAUCCUCCCAGCUCCUCAGAUCAGUGCUCAGAAAUGUGAUAAUUUUGCUGAGAAGCGGCCUCUGCUUGGUGUGUGCAAAAGCAUUGGAUCUUCUGGCACCAGCCCACCCUACUGCUGUGUGGAUCUGUAUUCCCUGAGAACAGGAGAGAUGGUCAAGUCCAUCCAGUUCAAAACUCCUAUUUAUGACCUGCAUUGCAAUAAAAGGAUCCUCGUUGUGGUCCUGCAGGAGAAAAUCGCCGCCUUUGACAGCUGCACUUUCACCAAAAAAUUCUUCGUUACCAGCUGCUAUCCUUGUCCAGGGCCAAACAUGAAUCCUAUUGCUCUUGGAAGCCGUUGGCUUGCUUAUGCAGAAAAUAAGCUGAUCCGAUGCCAUCAGUCCCGUGGUGGAGCCUGUGGAGACAACAUUCAGUCUUACACUGCCACAGUCAUUAGUGCUGCCAAAACAAUAAAGACUGGGCUGACGAUGGUGGGGAAGGUGGUGACACAGCUGACGGGGACGCUGCCGUCGGGAGCCACCGAGGAGGAAAUCCUGGCUCACAGCAACCUCCGCCGCAGUCCCCUGGUGCCUGGGAUUGUCACCAUCAUCGACACCGAGACCGUGGCAGAGGGACAGGUCCUGGUGAGCGAGGACUCAGACAGCGAUGGCAUCGUGGCCCAUUUCCCUGCCCAUGAGAAGCCCAUUUGCUGCAUGGCCUUUAACCCCAGUGGGAUGUUGCUGGUCACCACUGACACAUUAGGCCAUGAUUUCCAUGUUUUUCAAAUCCUGACACAUCCUUGGUCAUCAUCACAAAGUGCCGUCCAUCAUUUGUACACACUUCACAGGGGAGAGACCGAAGCCAAAGUCCAGGAUAUCUCCUUCAGCCACGACUGCCGCUGGGUGGUGGUCAGCACGCUGCGAGGCACUUCCCACGUUUUCCCCAUCAACCCCUACGGAGGCCAGCCCUGUGUCAGGACUCACAUGUCCCCACGGGUGGUCAAUCGCAUGAGCCGCUUCCAGAAGAGCGCAGGGCUGGAGGAGAUCGAGCAGGAGCUGACGUCGAAGCAGGGAGGACGCUGUAGCCCCGUGCCCGGCCUGUCCAGCAGCCCCUCUGGCUCACCUCUCCAUGGUAAAUUGAACAGCCAAGACACUUACAAUAACUUCACCAACAACAAUCCCGGGAAUCCUCGACUCCUGCCUCUCCCAAGUUUGACUGUGGUGUUGCCUCUCGCUCAAAUCAAGCAGCCAAUGACAUUAGGGACCAUCACCAAACGCACAGGACCUUACCUGUUUGGAGCAGGAUGUUUUUCCAUAAAAGCUCCUUGCAAAUCCAAACCAGCUCCGCAGAUUUCACCCAGUAAAUCUGUGGGAGGGGAGUUUUGUGUCGCUGCAGUCUUUGGAGCUUCAAGGUCAUGGUUUGCAAACAAUUCCGGUCUCAAACGAGAAAAAGAUCAGUCCAAGCAGUUUGUGGUGGAGUCGCUGUACAUCAUCAGCUGCUACGGGAGCCUGGUGGAGCACGUCCUGGAGCCGCGGCCGCUCAGCACCGCGCCCAAGAUCAGCGACGACACCCCCCUGGAGAUGGUCACCUGCCCCAGGGCCAGCUGGACUUUGGUUAGAACUCCUCAGUGGAAUGAACUCCAACCACCAUUUAAUGCAAACCAUCCACUGCUCCUGGCUGCAGAUGCUGUGCAGUACUACCAGUAUCUUCUGGCUGGCUUGGUGCCACCGGGGAGCCCUGGGCCCAUCACCCGGCACGAGUCCUAUGACAGCUUGGCCUCCGACCACAGCGGGCAGGAGGAUGAGGAGUGGCUGUCACAGGUGGAAAUCGUGACUCACACUGGGCCUCAUCGACGUCUGUGGAUGGGCCCUCAGUUCCAGUUCAAAACCAUCCACCCCUCAGGCCAAACCACCGUCAUCUCCUCCAGCUCCUCCGUGCUGCAGUCGCACGGGCCCAGCGACACCCCGCAGCCUCUCCUGGACUUUGACACAGAUGAUCUCGAUCUCAACAGCCUCAGGAUCCAGCCGGUGCGCUCGGAGCCCGUCAGCAUGCCGGGGUCACCGCGGCCCGCGGCCGACCGGCGCGGCGUCUCCACGGUCAUCGAUGCUACUUCAGGUGCCUUCGACCGGAGCGUGACCUUGCUGGAGGUGUGUGGGAGCUGGCCCGAGAACUUCGGUCUGCGCCACAUGUCCUCCAUGGAGCACAGCGAGGAGGGGCUGCGGGAGCGCCUGGCCGACGCGAUGUGCGAAUCCCCCAGCAGGGACAUGGUGGGAUCAGGAACAGACACAGCCGGUGAAGUAGCAGUAAAAAACAUCACCACAAAGAGGCACAUGGCUUUGAAAUGUUUUGAGCUUCAGCGAGAGGGAAGCAUAGAGACGCUCAGUAACAGCUCGGGCUCCACCAGCGGCAGCAUCCCCCGCAACUUCGACGGCUACCGCUCCCCGCUCCCGACCAACGAGAACCAGCCCCUGAGCCUGUUCCCCACGGGAUUCCCCUGAGCCAGCUGCCCAUCAGGGACACAUCCAGGGGAUCCAGAGCCUGUCCCCCCGCCAAUCCCGCUGUGUCUGUCACCUGCCGGCUCCCGGCGGCGCGGGAUGGUUCUCGUUACCCUGAUGGAAAUCGACGACUCUUAAACCUUCCUGAAACAUCCGUCAUGAAAUCUUGACUCUGUGUUCCUGUGCAAUACAAAGAGGCUCCAUCUUCAGUCCUGAUAGCUCUGCAGCUUCUUUUCUCGCUGUCUUCAGGAAGAGGUUGGGUGAGGAGAAAUAUUCCUAAGCCACCUUGGGUCAAGCACACGGUUUCACAACCGUGCUCUGCUUUUUCCUGCUGAGAGAUGAAUCUCUGUAACUCAGAGGAGCUCUCGCCCUUGGUGAAAGUGCCGAGCAUUAAUGGAUGAACUGGAGAGACUGGAAACUGGAGGACUUUCUGUGGACAGGGUUGAUGAUGUUAUUCCUUCCUCAUCGCAUCUCCUUGCUGCCCUUCUUCCCCUCUGACACUCAUCGAUGCCAGGAGUAUUACAAAUGGAAAUGUUUCUUUUUGUUCUUUGGAAGAAUUCUCUCUCUUGCUCCGGUUUUCUUCUAGUCAUGUAUUUUAGAAACGUACUUAAUUGACUAAUUGCAGUCACGGAUUUCUCAUAUUUGGUUAUAAAAGUUGUUCAUUGGAACUCAGAUAUCUGUCCAGAAAUGCAUGUGUCAUUGAAUAAAUCUAAGUUAAACAAGAAA